AUGUCAAGACUAUUCACAAACGCUUCAUCAACAUGGAAGCCUGUUCGCGACAUUGUUGCAACGGCUAUACAUACAUUCACACCAAAUGGAGAACAUCAGGUUGCGAUGAAGGUAGGAGACUCGAUAAAGGUCGAUGAGAUGACGAAUAAUUGGUAUAAGGGCGUUGUGAUCAGCGCAUUGGAUGGCAGUCAGCGAAGGGGAAUAGUACCAGCAAACUAUGUGAUAAUCAAUAAGAGCUCACAACAGGAAUCAUUCGAUGUCGUCACCAACGAACUGGCACAGGUCAUUAGAGAGUGGGGUCUCUUGCUGAUGAACUAUUACAAGGAGCGAAGGAGGUCAGAGUACCGCAUAAUGAAGGACCGCCUGUCUUUGUUGAUCGAUUGGCACACCAAGAUCCUUUCGCCGUCCCUCACACUCGAGGUGCGAGAGAUGCUCAAGGACAAGGUGAUCUCCAAGAUUGAAGAAGGUCGUCGUCUAAUGGGACUGGACAUGAUCGUCCGCACGCCCACUGGCGAGCCCGCACACGAGGGCAACACAGGAAUCAUCCAACUCUAUCGCAUGCAUCAAGAGUUGGACACAUCAAAGUCAUCAAACUACGUACAGCGUAGUAUGCAACAAACGUUCGUGAAUAGAUCAGACAGCUCAAACUCGCUGUCGUCCGUGCCGCCAAUGGUGGCCAAGAGGAUGUCACAUAUUAGACACUCACAGAUGCCACCACUGCAACAACAUCACCGCAAGUCGAUGUUGAUAUUGAAGCGCGAGUCGUCAGACUCGGGCGCAGGCGUGUCUAUCGCAUCGGCCGCAGCCGUGGCCUCACUCCAACAACAGCAACAGCAACAGUUCCACAUCUUCCUGGAUCUAAAGAUAUUCAUGUGUCUGGUGGGCGAGCAGUCCGAGCUGCUCUUCUCGAUAUACAACAAGACGGAGGGCCGGUUCAUCACGGAGGAGUACCAGGUGGGCAUGACGGCGCAGGGCAUGCCCCACGACGUCGAGUCCAUCGGCAAGAUGUCCACACUUUUCAUCAACAUCAGCAAGAAGGAGCUGCAGAUGGACAUCUACCUGGUGUGCCGGCUGAUCCGCAAGGGCAAGAUGCUCACCGACUCGAGCAAGAAGGCUGGUCCCAUCCUCUACCGACGCCCAUUUGGCUGCGCCGUGUUGCGCAUCGAAGAUAACAUCGCCGCGGGCAAGGAGACUGAGCACACGAUACCCAUCUACACAACCAAUCAAGAGUCCAACUUUUCCAACAUUCACGAGAUGAUCAUCAAGAACCCGGCCAACAUGCCACAGGUGCCCAAGGCCAAGGGUGUGUGCGUGGGCCUCACCCUGCUGCCUGGCGAGCUCAGUCAGGUGAUCAAGGAGAACCCUGUGCUUGAGGAGGUGGCCCUCACCAACAAGCUGGGCUUCCCCGAGGUCAUCUAUCCAGGCGACACCAGGAACGACCUGUACUUCACGAUUGAGAGUGGCGAGUAUUCACAGGAUCGCAAGACCAGCGCCAAGAAUGUGGAGAUCGUGGUGCAGGCACGACUGGAAAAUGGCGACCUGGUCAAGGACUGCAUGUUCAAUGGCGACAAACAACUUUCAGAGUACAGGACCAUUGUAUUCUAUCAUUCCAAUCAGCCACACUGGGCAGAGACCGUUCGUGUCAACGUACCCCUUACCAUCCUCAGCCAAGUAUACCUCGUCUUCUCCAUCAGGCAUUGUACAACAUCAGAGACCAAGGAAAGAGUACCAUUCGCGGUAUCUAUUCUUAAGCUCACCAAUCCAGAUGGCACGGUCAUUGCCAACAAGUCACAUUCACUGAUCAGUUGCAAGACCACCAAGACCAUUGACGAGUUGGUUCCAUCACAGAUCGAUCCAAACAACAAGAACAAUGUCCGCAAGGGUGAACAGACCAAGGUCAGGAUACUCCUGUGCUCAACGAUGUGCACACAGAAUCUUUCAUUGCUCACAUUGCUGAAAUGGGACAAGUACACAGGCGACCUGGCAGAGGUACUGAAUCGAUUCACAUUCGUCGAUCAGUUGGAGAUUAUCAAGUUCAUGCAGGAGACAUUCAAUGCAUUGUUUGCCAUCCUGGAGACAAAGCGUGUGGCCGAUCCUGACUUGGUGUUCAAUGUGAUCACAUGGAUCAUUGGCCUGCUGGUAGACGAGAAGACCUCACGUUACACCAACUUCCGACCCGUGCUCGACAUUUACAUCGAGCGACACUUCACCUCAACAGUGGCGCACAAUCUGCUCAUUGGCAGUUUGAAGCGCAGUUUGUCCAAUGCCAACUUCAAGACGCUAAUGUCAUCGCUCAAGUCCAUGGAGUAUGUGCUCAAGUUCGUGGUGACCAGCAAGCUCAACUACGAUCACAGCGUUCGACCCAGUGGCGCAGUGAACACAUCGUUCAAGGAUGACCUGACCAGCGUGUUCAACGCUCUCUCCAAGCUGAUGGAGCGUACCGAGCGCGAGUACAUUGGCGCUCAAACCAUCGCCCUCAAGACAUUCUCAUCGAUGUUCAUCGACCUGGGUCAGCUGUUUACGGUGGAGGAGCGUUGCGAGAUUGCCAAGCGCUUCAUUGACAGCGUGCGCUUUGACGAGUCGCUGCGUCUGCUCAACAUGGAGAAGAUGAACGUCAUCCACAGCCUGGCUGAGGGCGACCUGUUCCUCCAGCCAGCGUCGCGCACACUCCUACUCGGCACAGUCAAGAAGCAUCUCAAGAUGCACAUGUCCUCAUCUUCGCUCACACUCGACGACGUGAUGAAGCAGGCCGAGAUCAUCUCGGUGCUGAUCGAUACAAUCCAGUCCAAGCUGAAGGACCCCUCGCGCAUAUGGGAGCUGGUCGACCUCCUGCCGGCCAUCGUCCGCUCGAUCCAAUCAUACAAUACGAACGACAUCUCGCGUCUGGACAUGGUACACAACCUCUACAGUAUCCUGCAUCUGAUGGACUCGACACACUUUGAUGGCUUCAUCAUUGCCAACCCAGACAUCUGUCUCAAGUUCAUCUAUGACCUGCUCCUGGUGCUCAACUCCCUGUUGGCAUCGGCGUCGGCCACCUACCCCGAGAACUGGUUCACACUCACCAUGUUCCAGUACACCACCGUCAAGAAGACCAUCAAUCAGAUCAGCAAGUACCUGCUCAAACGUGCCAACUCACACGACUCGGCACCAAUCGACUUUGAUCUGUGGUCGGCCUUCUUCACCAUUUCCAACACCUACUUUAAGCUCAAGGGUCUGGCCCUCGAGAACUUCUCCGAGGUCAAACAACGCAACAUCAAGUCACGCUAUGGUGAUAUGCGUAACGACCUCAUUGUCACGACACAAAAGAUGUGGGAGUCAUUGGAGAAGUACCAGAUCAAGCUGCUUCCAACUGUCAUUGGACCAUUCCUCGAACUCAUAUUGAUCAACCAGCCCAACCUCAAGCAGCUUGGUAUCACGCUGUACUUCCAACUCCUGAGGUGUGAGUACCGCGAGCACAGGUCAUUCAAAGAAGUUGAGAUGGAGACAAUCAACACUUUGGACAAGAUCACAAACACUGACGCGGCAGAAGUUCUCGAUGAGAAGGUCAGAGUGUUCUUCUCAACAAAUCUUGAGGAGAAGAUGAACUCUGAGAGCCUGAUAAGGGAGCCCGGCAAGGUGUUUAUCAAGGAUAUGACUAUGUUCUUGGAGCUACUGUAUGCUUUGAGAACAUUGCCAGAUAGACCAGAAUAUGAAGACGAUCGUACUAUUGCCGCCAUGCAACUGAUGGCAUAUUUGAAGCAGACAGACAGACGCGAUACAUACAUCAAGUACGUCCAUCUACUAUGCAAUCAACAUCUGUCCAACAACAACUAUACCGAGGCUGGAAACACACUGUUGCUCCACGCUGACCUACUUCAGUGGACGGAUGCGCCCGUCGAGGAGGUGGACGAGACCAAUACCCAACGUGCACAGACACAGCGAGAGAGGAGGGAACGACUGUACAAGCAGGCGAUCGAGUACUUUGACAAGGGCAAGGCAUGGGAGCGCGCCAUCACACUGAUGAAGCAGCUCAUUGUACAGUAUGAGGAGGAGUUGUGCGACUAUCAGAAGCUGGCCGAUAUCCUCCAACAACAAUCGACAUUCUAUCGAAAGAUCAUCGGAGUGGAGAGAUUCUUCUGCGAGUACUUCAGGGUCGGCUACUAUGGCAAGGGCUUCGACGCCAGCAUCCAGGGCAAGGAGUUCAUUUACAAGGGCUUCGAGUUGGAGCGUAUGACUGACUUUGUCCAGAGGAUCCAGUCCAAGUUCCCGUCAGCCAUCAUGCUGACCAACACUGAAGCACCCUCGGCAGAAAUUCUCAACUCCGCCUGCCAGUAUCUUCAGAUCUACGCCGUCAAGUCGGCGCCGAUCGAGGCCGACAAGUCCAAACAAACCAACUUUUUGUCCAGCGGCAAGCCAAUACCAGCCGCCGUUCAAAAGUAUCGCCAACACAACAACAUCAACACAUUCAUCUAUUCCAAGCCCAUCAAAAAGAGCAAGGACGCCUCCACACCGCCAAUGAACGAGUUUGCCGACCUCUGGAUCAUCAACAACUACUUUAUCAUCAAGGACACGUUCCCAACGAUCCACCGUCGCUCCGAGAUCAUCAAGCGAUACGAGGUGAACCUGUCACCAAUAGACAAUGCAGUCAAUACAGUGAUUGGAAAGAACAACGAGCUGAUGGAGAUGAGCACCAAGCACGAGAAUGGCGUGGAGGCCAACCUGAGUCCCUUCACCAUGGUUCUCAAGGGAGUGAUCGACGCAGCCGUCAAUGGAGGCGUCAACAUGUACAAGAAGGUGUUCUUCUCACCCGACUACCUCAUAGAGAACCGAGAAAUGAAGGAAUCUGUCGACAAGCUGAAACAAGCGCUCAACACCCAAGUGACCAUCCUAAGGCGUUGUCUAUCCAUUCAUUCAAGAGUGUGUUCACAAGAGAUGGGAGGUCUACAAGAGCAACUAGAGAGUAAGUUUGGAUUGAUUGAAUGA